AUGACCUUCGGGUCCUCGGAUAUCUACGUGGUCCUAGUCGAGCUUUCAUUGGGCGCAGGCAUGAUCACAGAUAUUGCCCAAUUCGGAAACCUCGCUGCUUAUGGCUACCCGGUGGCUACUAACCGCUCCGAGCUCAUCGGCUGUUCCAGCUUCUUCGGCACUCGGGCGUGUAAUAGGACUGGUGAGCUUGUCGUUCCCGACCUGGUUGACCCAUCGGCGCAACGACGACAGACCGUGUACUCCAACAUCGCCUUCCCUAUUCUUAGCUUCGCCGUGGAAGCCAUCGCCAACCAGUCCUUCCCCGACGCCGGCCUGGCCUUCAUCCCUCCUAACGACAUUUGGUGGUCUGCCGACCUCGGCUUUGAGGGGCCGUGA